AUGAAAUCGCCGGCGAUGACAGGGCCAACAGGGUCAUCGACGGUGCACCGUCGACAACCGUUGUUACGAACAAAAACUACGACGCCGACGACGACGAUGAAUCACUGCGAAACUUUUCGUAAACGGAAAGGCGAAGUCGCCGGAAGAACGGCGGCGGAAUGCGCGACGGUGUGCUGUUGUCUUCCGUGUGCGAUGAUGCAUUUUCUCAUACUGGCGGUGUAUAAAGUUCCGACGGGAUUGUGCCGGAAAAUGUUGAGGAAAAAUAAACAGAAAAGGCUUUUGAAUAAUAGCAAUAAUAAGAAGAAUGAAUCCAAAUGCUGCCAAGUUACCGCUGCCGGCGACGGGAAAGAGUCGGAAAAUGUCAAUGCCGUCGGCGGCAACGGCGGCGGAAAGCCAGCGUCGGCGGAAUCGGAAACGGAGAUGUGGGGUCGGUUUUAUGAAGGUGGAUUUUGGAGAAACUCAUCACAGAUAAAAGAAGAAUAA